UUCAUGAUAUCGAACCGACGAGCCGGUUGUCCACUUACACAACCUCCACCAAUACAAAACAGUUACACAAACAUCACCAUCCACCCGCCGUAAACCCACGAUUUACAAUCAUGGCCCUAGCCGGCCCGGCAGCGCAGCGCGCAAUGCGGCGAUGCCAACCCGCCCUCUUCACACGGGCACUACCACAACCACCGUCUCCUCCCGCUCCCGCAGCAACAGUAGUAUCAGCAGCAGCAGCACGCCGCUUUUCGUCAACACCACCAUCCCGGCAAACCAGCGCCACCACCGAGCCCUCUCCGGAACCUCCCAAUCCAAAACUAAACUCCAAACAAAACACCACUAAAAAAAGAAAACCCCUCACCCCAUCGCAACAAGCCUUCCUCUCCUCGGCACUGCGCGUGAACCAAGCGGGCGAGCUGGCCGCAACACUCAUCUACACGGCGCAAACACCGCCAGUGACGGCGCGGGAACCGCACUUGCGGCCCCUGAUGCAGCACAUGUACGACCAAGAGGCCGGGCAUCUGGCCACCUUCAACUCGCUACUCGCGAAGCACCGCGUGCGGCCGACUGCGCUGUACCCGUUAUGGUCCGUGCUGGCCACGGGGCUGGGGUGGACCACGGCGAUGCUCGGACGGGAAGCGGCAAUGGCGUGCACCGAGGCGGUCGAGACCGAGAUUGGCGGCCAUUACAACGGGCAGAUCCGGCGGCUGCUCGAGAUGGUUUCCGAGUGGGAGCGCGAAGGCUACGAGGUCGGGGGCGAGUUCACGGAGCUCAUCAACACCCUACGCCGCAUCCGCGACGAGGAGCUGGAGCACCUUGAUCAUGCUGUCGAGCACGACGCCCAAAAGGCUGAGCCGCACUGGUUGUUGACCGGCAUUAUCAGGGCCGGGUGUAAAGGCGCUAUCUGGGUGAGUGAGCGGGUGUAAGAUAGGACGACUUCAUGAGCCCGAGCUAGCGGGGUUCUGGAGGGUAUUAAUGCAUUGUUCUAUAUCUGUACAAGACUACUAUGGAUAUUGAUAUGUAUAAAUAGACCAACGAGGGCGAAUAGAAGAAGGGACAGUGAGAAGACGACAAAAGAAACAGGGACGCCGGGAGAUGCAAGAGCUGGCUGGCCACCAAACAGAACGAAUCAACCCAAUGAAACAACACC